UAUUUGAUUUGUGAAUUGCUGAACAGAAGAUUUUUUCAUUCUUAAAAUUUCUUCGAACGCGAAUUGACAAAAUAAUUUUCAUUUCUUUCUAUGUAAAUUUAAUAAGUAAAUUACAAUUGCACGCUGUAACAAAAUAUAAAAAUGUUACCAGCUACAUAUGUCGAGGGUUUUCAUGACUUGGAAGCCGUGAAAAAAAUGGAAUAUAGACCUCUCGGUAAAACCGGAUUAAUGGUCAGUAAAUUAUCGUUUGGUGGCGGACCGCUUGGCGUCCAUUAUGGAACAUACGAUGAAGAUAAAGCAAUUGAAGCGAUACGACACGGAAUAAAACAGGGAAUUAAUUACAUUGAUACCGCGCCAUGGUACGGUCAAGGACACUCUGAACUUGUCAUUGGAAAAGCCCUGCAAGGUAUUCCACGCAAAGCGUACUAUAUAGCUACAAAAGUCGGACGAUAUGAAUUAAAUUAUGAAAAUAUGUUCAAUUUCUCGAAAGAGAAGACUAGAAGUAGCUUUACCAAGAGUUUAAAACUUUUAGGUUUGAAUUACGUGGACGUUAUACAAGUUCAUGAUAUCGAAUUUGCUCCGAAUCUAGACAUAGUAAUUACACAAACCUUACCGGAAUUAUCAAAACAAGUUGCGGACGGCAAAGCAAAGUACAUUGGUAUUACCGGAUACCCGGUGUCCAUCUUAAAGGAAUGUAUCGAGAAAAGUAACAUUAAUAUUUCAUGCAUAUUGAGUUAUACAAGAUAUACGUUAAUCGAUAAUACUUUGCUUGAAUAUAUUCCAUUCUUCAAGAAACAUAAUAUUGGUAUAAUUAAUGCCUCUGCACCAUGUAUGGGUCUUUUAACUAAUAAGGGUCCACCGGAUUGGCAUCCCAGUUCAGAACAAACAAAGAAAAUAUGUGCAGAUGCUGCUGCAUGUUGUAAGGAUCAUGAUAUCGAAUUAGCUAAAUUAGCAUUAUGGUAUUCUAUGCAGUGCAAAGAUAUUGCUACAUAUUUAGUUGGAAUUCAAAAUAUAAAAGAACUGAAUAUGAAUCUUGAUGUAAUUAAAAAUGGCAUUACAGAGAAAGAGAAAAUUUUACUCGGAGAAAUUCAAGAAAAGUAUUUAUGUAAAAUAACAGAGAAACAUUGGGAAGACAAAGAACUUCAAAUAUAUUGGGAAUAUAUGAAAAAGUGAAAAAUAUAU